AUGGGAAUUAGAGACAAUACACAUUCUCCAAAAGAUGUAGAGGACAUUAGACAAGAUACCAUUGAACCAAGUUCAAAUAGACCAAUUCGCAGGGAGGACAGCAAUGUUUCAGAGUUCUAUGAUAAUUCUGAUGGAUAUGAUGUAGAUAAGGAUGGUAGUAAUGACACGUUAUACUUUAAGCCAAGAAGGAUCUACCAACUAGACCAGGCCUUAUUAUCGAGGGGUACCUUGAUGAGAUCAAGUGCAGAAGAUACAAGUACAAAUGAGAAUAACCGUGAGCAAUCUAAUCCGAAUCCUGAAAGAGUCCUAGAAGACUCAACAGUCAACGAAUAUGUUCCAAAUCUAAAUUACAACCAACUACUAUCAGAUUUUGAGAUGGGACAAACAACUAAGAAGAGUCAGCGGCAUAAUUUAAGGAGGCAUGGACAAGACAGUCCAUCAUAUUCUUCAUCCACUACCAACAUAAUUAAAAAGAAUCAUCAAAGAGGAUCACAAAUACCAGUAACUUCUGGUGCACCCAGUGUGACUACUGAAUUAUCAAGAUAUGAUUCGUGGAGCAUGAGCGUUAGUGAUGAAGAAGAAGACAUUCCAGAAGAGGAAAAUGAAAUGGUCAAAAUAGCUAGAGACAAAGAAUAUCAUAAAGCUCAGCCAAUAUCUUUUAAAUCUACUCAUUCUCAAGUGGAUCCCAUUCCUUUGCCAGGAAAAAGAACUUUAUUUACUCCUCCAUCGGCGCUAGAAAUCGAAAGGAGGAUGUCUUACGGACACAGCACUACUGUCCCUAAUGCAGGCUCCUUUUUACAGACCUUUAAACUUGGAAGUUUGAAAGGAAGGGAAAAGAGAAUAUCGUCGCGUCCUACAUCUUAUGACUCAGCCUCAUCCUCAUUGACAUUCUUACCCGAUAGUACGUUAUCAGUUUUUACUGAGUUGGAGAUGGGUCCAGAUGAGAUAGGAAAGUUAAUUACAAAAUUACCAGGAGAUUUCUGCGAUUUACCUUAUUCUCGAAGGAAACGGGAAAUCAUCGAAUUGGUUCCAAAUAAAGACUAUAAAUUAAUAAUGUCACUAAUAAAAAAAUUCAUGUUACAAAGGACGACAAGUAACACAUCAUUGCAACGGAAACCCAUACCUGGAUCUGGUCCAUCUAGUGUAGCAAUACCGCAAGCAGCGCACAUGAAAAGAUCAAGACAUGGUUCGAUUGCUUCACAAUUUUUAAGCACUUUUUCACCCACUGUACCGUCCUCGGUAAACGGUGAUAUGAAUACUGAUGGACUGACUCUAACUAGACCUGAUGCUGUGGGAAAUGUAAUUUUAGAUCAUAAAUUAGGUAGGGCAAUUGGAGCUGGUGCUUGGGGUUCCAUUAGGGAGUGUAGCGAUAUACAAAGUGGGACACGUAGGGCAAUGAAGAUUGUCAGAUUCAAGGAGAAUUUGAAUGUGAAGAAACAUGUCCGCAGAGAAGUCUCCAUUUGGGAACAGUUAAAGCAUGAGAAUAUUUUACCCCUUUUGAACUACAAAUUUGAAGAGUCUUAUGCAAUGUAUUGUCUCACAGAGUUUAUAAAUGAUGGUAAUUUAUACGAUUUGGCUGUUUCGUGGUCACAUAUGAGCAACUCUAAAAUUUCUUUAAGCAAGAGGUGUGAACUUACGAUUUUUCUAGGAUUACAGGUUGUUUCUGCUUUACAGUAUAUGCAUUCCAAAUCAAUAUGCCAUGGUGACGUUAAAUUGGAAAACUGUCUUCUGAAAAAAGAUAAGGCUGUAGGUAAUUGGAAAGUGCUUCUUUGUGAUUUUGGUAUGAGUCGCAAUUUUGGUGUCCUGUCAAAGGAUACCGCCACUAAUUUAGGAGAUGACGACGAUGAAGAAGAAGAAGGUUAUUGUGAAGAUGAAGAAUGUCUAGAGACAGCUUCUGAUUCUGAAGUAGAGACGAUAUCAGUACUAAAUGAAGAAAACACAAAGAUCACAAAGUACCCCUCAAUACCGAAAUCUAAAUCAAACUCAAGUAUUUUUGCCACAUCUAAACAGUCUAAAUUACAAAAAAUAACCAAAAAUAGACAAUUUACUCAUGACGAUACGGAAUUGGAGAUAUAUUCCAAACGGAAGCAACGGUAUUACGGUCCCGCCCUAACAAGCACCAAUCUUGCAAAAAAAGCCAGCGAAGAGAAACUUAAAAGAAUUGAAGGUGCAGUUUCAGGAAUGAGAUCACUCACACAAUAUCGACCGGCGUCAUUAAAUGCAGUACCAAUCAAAAAGGUAAGUGAACUAGCCAAUAGUUCUAAAUCCCUCCAAAAAACAUUUGGUUUUCAUGUAAAUGAGCAAGAAGAGACUAUAUCAGGCCCUCAUUUAUCUUCCCAAAUUGGAUCUUUACCAUAUGCUUCCCCUGAAUUAUUAAAGGAGUCACCUUUAUGUCCAGCUGCUGACGUAUGGGCCCUGGGGGUCAUGUUGUAUACUAUGCUCGUUGGUAGAUUUCCAUUCAGUCAUGACUUUGAAAUGAAACUGCGUCAACUAAUUACUGAAGGUAGGUUUGACAAGGAUGCUCUACGAAAAGUUUGUAAUAAUGGUUCAAGUAUACCUUUAACUGAUGGGAAACUCAAAUUUCAAAAUUUAUUUUCCGCAGUUGAAGGAUGCUUGAUUGCUGAUUUAGAUAAAAGAUGGACUCUAGAUCAGGUUAAGUUUGCCUUGGGAAAAGAAUUUGAGCAGAUUGCUGAGAAAUCCCUUUAA